AUGCAGAGGUGGGGAGGGGCGAGGAAGAUUGCGGGUAGAGUCCUCCCUCUUGCCCCUCAUGCUCUUCGUCGCCGCUUGCUCUCCUCGUCUCCUCCUCAACUCGAGUUUCCCAAGGCUGCCGCCAUCAUAAUCGGCGACGAGAUCCUUUCAGGAAGCAUCAUAGACUCCAACUCCUCCUUCCUAUGCAAGACGCUACAUAGCCGAGGGGUCGACACUGUCCGUGUCGAGUACGUGCGGGACGAUAAGGCAGAGAUCGUCGAAUCCGUUUUGAGGCUCAAGAACAUGGUGGGGGAGGGCGGCUGGAUUUUCACGAGCGGAGGGAUCGGCCCAACGCACGACGACGUUACCUACGAGGCGAUUGCAGGGGCGUUUUCCCUCCCCUUGGAGGUCCACGAGGAGACGCUGCAGCGCAUGACGGCAUACUACCAUGGCCGAGGGCUGGAGAUCACCGAUGCGCGAAAGCGGAUGGCGACCCUGCCGUCCCCCUGCCAGGUUCGCUUCACGGAGAGCCUCUCUGUCCCCUGGGUCCCUCUCGCCAUCGUCCACAACGUCCUGAUUCUGCCAGGCAUCCCGCGCCUCUUCCAGCCCAUGAUCGCUGCCCACAAGCACCACUUCUCGGGACCUUCGUUUCAUGCGAUGGACCUCUACACUAAGGUUGGGGAGGGUGACAUGGCGGCUGCUCUAAGCUCCGUCGUGUCCAAGGUGAUCAUGCUCGUGCUCUGUUCCGCCGUGACGCUGUCGCAGCAUCCGCACGUGCACAUCGGAAGCUACCCCAGCGUGCAAGAGGGGCCAUGGCUGGUGCGGAUCGGGGUCGAAGGGAGGAACCGGCAGCAGGUGGAGGAGGCGGCAGCGGAGAUUGAGCAGAAUGUGAAGAUUGACGAGAAGAAGUGGAGGGAGGAGGAAUGA